GCCGUUGGUCGCCUCCCACGCCCCUUUCACUUCACACCACUCCACUUCUUCUUUCUUUCGUCCUCCUGCUCUCUCCUCCAGAUCUAUCCUUUCUCCGGCCAGCCACCGGAUUCCUCCUCCAUAUUCGAACGAUCGGUAAGUGAGAAGGGAUGAAAUCGUCGACACUGCGUCUUCUGCUCAUCUUCCUCACCCUCGUUCCUGUCCUCGCCGACGAAGGUCCGUACAUCGGCGUGAACGUCGGGACGGCGGUGUCGAACAUGCCGUCACCGACGAUGGUGGCGGCGCUUUUGAAGUCGCAGCAGAUCCGGCACGUCCGCCUCUACGACGCCGAUCCGGCGAUGCUGGCAGCCCUGGCUAAUACAGGCAUCAGCGUCGUCGUCUCUGUUCCCAACGAGCAGCUCCUAGCUGUGGGUCAGUCGAACGCAACCGCCGCCAACUGGGUCGCGCGCAAUGUCGUUGCUCACGUCCCCGCUGUCAAUAUCACUGCUGUCUCCGUCGGCUCCGAGGUUCUGACCGCCCUCCCCAAUGCUGCUCCCCUCCUUGUCCCCGCACUCCGCUAUAUCCACUCUGCCCUCGUCGCCGCCAAUCUCGACGGCGCCAUCAAGGUUUCUACUCCGCAUUCUUCCUCCAUCAUCCUCGACUCAUUCCCUCCAUCUCAGGCAUUCUUCAACCGCACUCUUGAGCCCGUAAUCGUUCCCAUGCUCAAGUUCCUCCGGUCCACUGGCUCCUACCUCAUGCUCAACGUCUACCCUUAUUACGACUAUCUGCAGUCCAAUGGGAUCAUUCCUUUGGACUAUGCACUCUUCCGCCCGCUCCCGCCGAACAAGGAGGCUGUCGACGCCAAUACUCUUCUACACUACACCAAUUUGUUCGACGCGGUGGUUGACGCCGCCUACUUCGCCAUGGCCUACCUCAACAUGACAAAUAUGCCGGUGGUCGUUAUGGAGUCUGGUUGGCCGCAUAAAGGCGACCCGACCACGGAGCCCGACGCCACCGUAGACAAUGCCGACACCUUCAACAGCAACCUCAUCCGCCAUGUGCUGAACAGCACUGGCACGCCCAAACACCCGGGGAUUUCGGUGCCUACCUACAUCUACGAGCUCUACGACGAGGAUCUUCGUCCGGGGGUGACGUCGGAGAAGUUCUGGGGGCUGUUUGACGCCACUGGCGUGCCGGUGUACAAUCUGCAUCUGGCGGGGUCCGGGGUGCUGCUGGCGAACGAUACUACGAACCAGACUUUUUGCGUGGCGAGGGAAGGUGCGGACACGAAGCUGCUGCAGGCGGCGCUCGACUGGGCGUGCGGGCCUGGAAAGGUAGAUUGCUCGGACUUGGUCCAAGGGAACUCCUGCUAUGAUCCUGAUACAGUGGAUGGGCACGCUUCUUAUGCAUUUAAUGAGUACUACCACGGGAUGGGGAUGGUAGCCGGGAGUUGCUACUUCAGCGGGGUUGCUGCCAUCACUACAACAGAUCCAAGCCAUGAUUCUUGUUUAUUCUCUGGAAGCGGUGGUCGGAACAGCACAAUUCUGAAUGGCACAUCACUGGCUCCUUCCUCCAACUCAACCUCGGCUACAUCCGACGCCGCAUAUCGUUUCUAUCAUGCCAAAGUCAUCAUUCAUAUCGUCCAAGCUCUAGUGUCGAGUCUGCUCUUUUUAUAGGCUGAAUCACAGAAACUCAUUGAUCUAAAUUGAGUUCUUGAUUGAUUGCCGGGGAAUGGUUGAUGGACAAGCUUCGAGUAACCUUACAAGGAAUUAUUUGCAUUUCACAUCCAAAUUUGUCAUUGUUGCUUUUCCUCCCAAUCCCCCUUUUCCUAUUGUUUUAUUGUAUCGGUGCAACUCUUUUGUAUAAAAGCCCAUUGUGUUCUUCCCUGUCGGCAGAGGCAAAGACAAGUUCAAUUAGAUUUCUUACAUCAAAAACAUGAUGGCUGAAGAGACUUGGUUACUAACCCAAUAGACUUUUAUGUAAGAUUUCUAUGGGCUUUUGCAGCGGUUUCCAGGAUAUUUGUAUUUUAGGAUGUACAGCAAGAGGCAGGCAGGAAGUGUUAAAGAAAGGGCAAGUAAAAGAUAUGAAUGAUGUCACGAG